AUGCUCCCAACCCAUCGACAGUCUUUCAGAACUCACCCCUCGUCCGACCAGUCUACUUUAAACAAGGCAAAACCUCACCUUCCUUGGCCUCCUACCUUGUGGUCUACUAGAGCUGAAGAAGUUAGAGACGCUUUCCUUCACGCGUACAGUGGCUACCAAGAAUUUGCUGUACCCCACGAUGAACUGCUUCCCGUAUCCGGUGGCAACGUAGACAAUUUCAAUGGAUGGUCAGUCUCAGUGGUUGACUCAUUAGAUACCAUGUGGAUUAUGGGCCUUCAAGACGAAUUCUACGAAGCUAUGCCAUUUCUUGAUACGUACGUUGCGUUCUUCGAGACUACAAUUCGUUAUCUUGGCGGUCUCCUCUCUGCAUAUGCACUUUCUGGUGAACCGCUUUUGCUGGCUCGAGCGGAUGAUCUGGGCAAAGCUUUACUUCCAGCCCUCAAUACAUCUUCUGGUCUUCCCAUGUUUGCCGUCAAUGCUGCAACCGGGGGGACAAAGGCUGGCUGGAACCCAAAUGUGCUAUGGGCUGAGGCUAUGAGCUGUCAGCUAGAGUACAAAUAUCUGGCUCACUUGACUGGUAGAUCUCAAUAUUAUCACAAGGUGGAAGCUAUUAUGGAUAUUAUGCAUAACGCCAAUAUCAAAGAUGGAUUAUAUCCAACACUGUGGAACCUCAAAGAUGGCACUCCAACAAACACUCAACACUCGGUUGGCGCUUUUGCUGACAGCGCCUAUGAGUAUCUCCUCAAACAAUGGCUAUUAACUAGCCGAGCGGAAACCAAAGCAAAGGAAAUGUACCUGAACUCCGCCAAGGGUAUCAUUGAUAACCUCCUUUUCCUCACACCUAAACGGCAGCUUCUAUAUGUCACUGACACGAUUGGUGGCAAGCCUAGUCACAUUUUUGAACACCUCUCAUGCUUUCUGCCUGGGCUGCUCGCUUUGGGCGCUCAUACGCUUGAUCUUGCACCUGCUGAAAAACAGAUACACGAGUGGGCAGCAAGCGGCCUAGCUUAUACAUGCUGGACAUCGUAUGCUGACCAGGCGACUGGUCUUGGACCAGAUGAAAUGGUUAUGGUAGCAGGAGCCACACAGAACGUAACUUCUGGCCGCUGGGUUGACGUAGUUGCUGAUUGGGUAGAUCAAGGAAGGCCAGGAGGCUUACCACCAGGCUUGCACGAACCACCGGUGGUCAAGGUAGGAACAACGGAAGAGAGAGAUUAUUACGCCAAAAAAAAUUCAUACCUGCUCAGACCCGAGACUUUGGAGAGUUUUUAUAUUCUGUGGAGGACUACUGGAGACGAGCGUUGGCGGGAACGUGGCUGGUCCGUGUUUCAGGCCAUUCAGAAAUUUACCCGCACGAAAUAUGGAUAUGCUAGCAUCAGGCUCGUGGACAAUGCAUUUCCAACCAUGCUGGAUGAGAUGCCAAGCUAUUUUCUAGCAGAAACACUGAAAUAUCUCUAUCUCCUCUUUACCGAUGAAGAACUGAUUCCACUGGACCGUUGGGUAUUCAAUACCGAAGCCCACCCUCUUCCAGUUUUUGAAUGGACCAAUUGGGAAAAGGCAGAGUAUAAUAUCCUUUCAUGA